UAAGAGCAGGGCAGGGUGGUAUAUGGGUGCUUAUGGCCCUACAGACUGUAGCUACGCCCAUGUUAAAUUCAUAAAGAGAUAUAAACACAGGGAGCUGGGCUUGCCUGUGCCAUCAAAGGCGGUGCUACUCAUCACCAAACCUUACACACGCUGUUGAGGGUGGGGGGGGGGGGGCUGUGUGUAUGAUUCAUAGUUAUAUGCCACAUGUUGGAGAAAUGCUUCACUCCCACAAAGCGUGUUGUCGUCACUGGUCAGCUCCCAGCAGCAGCCUCCUGAAGGGGGAUCUACCCCGGAGGGCUCCGCAGUUCAACUCUCGACGAGCAGAGGAGGACUCUCACAGUCCGAGGCAGAGGUUCUCAAUGAAGAUGUGAAGAUAAGCAGCGCCUCGGCUCCACCACCAGUUCGUUCACACGCUCCAGCAACGGCGGCCUCAUUUCCAGUAAAUGCAAUUUGCAGCAGCGCUCCACUCGCGCUUUUCUUUUUCCUUUUCCUUAAUUUUUCUCAUUUGUGAGCGAUCGCUAUGGCAGUUCAGUCCACAUCCGGGCCACAAUGCUUUGACUCCAUUAUUGUCUAAAACUGGCGGAGAGGUUGAUAAACCUUGUCAUUUUUUACAUUUAAAGAGACAUUUUUUUGGGACGCGCAGUGACGGCUGGGGUCGAGAGGAGAUGUCUAACCAAGGAGUUCGGCGGAAUGGCCCCGUGAAGCUGCGAUUAACAGUCCUCUGCGCAAAAAACCUGGUGAAGAAGGACUUCUUCCGCCUGCCUGAUCCCUUUGCCAAGGUGGUCGUGGAUGGUUCAGGACAAUGCCACUCUACAGACACUGUGAGGAACACGCUUGACCCAAAGUGGAACCAACACUAUGAUCUAUACAUUGGAAAAUCAGAUUCCAUCACCAUCAGCGUGUGGAAUCACAAGAAGAUCCAUAAGAAGCAAGGAGCUGGCUUCCUGGGCUGUGUCCGCCUUCUGUCCAAUGCCAUCAACCGCCUUAAAGACACAGGCUAUCAGAGACUAGACUUGAACAAACUGAGUCCCAACGACAGCGACACAGUCAGGGGCCAGAUUGUGGUGAGCCUGCAGUCGAGGGACCGGAUAGGCACAGGAGGUCCUGUGGUGGACUGCAGUCGGCUGUUUGACAAUGAUCUUCCAGAUGGCUGGGAGGAGAGGAGGACCGCGUCUGGGCGAAUCCAGUACUUGAACCACAUCACACGCACCACACAGUGGGAGAGGCCUACCAGGCCGGCAUCGGAGUACUCCAGCCCCGGCCGUCCUCUAAGCUGCAUUGUGGACGAGAACACGCCUAUUAGCACGAACGGCGCCACGCCCACCACAGCGUUACCGCCGAGCGACGGUGACCAGCGGGCACAGGAGAGACGGGUCCGUUCCCAGAGGCACCGCAACUACAUGAGCAGAACCCAUCUGCACACGCACCCUGACCUUCCCGAGGGAUACGAGCAAAGGACAACGCAGCAAGGACAAGUUUACUUCCUCCACACUCAGACAGGUGUCAGCACGUGGCACGAUCCCAGGGUACCCAGAGAUCUGAGUAAUGUAAACUGUGAGGAACUGGGUCCUCUACCUCCGGGAUGGGAAAUACGGAACACGGCAACCGGGAGAGUAUACUUCGUCGAUCACAACAACCGAACCACACAGUUCACAGACCCGCGCCUCUCUGCUAACCUGCAUCUAGUCCUAAAUCCAAGUCCAAAUGGUUCUCGAGGAGGCAUCGAAAGUCAGAAUGUCAGUCGUCAGAACCAGUUGAAGGAUCAGGCCCAGCAGGCUCUGGUGUCCCCCGGUCAGCUCCCCGAGGAGGCCGAGUGCCUCACGGUGCCCAAGUACAAGCGAGAUCUUGUUCAGAAGCUCAAGAUCCUUCGCCAGGAACUGUCUCAGCAGCAGCCUCAGGCCGGCCACUGUCGCAUUGAGGUGUCCCGCGAGGAGAUCUUUGAGGAAUCAUAUCGCCAGGUGAUGAAGAUGAGGCCAAAGGAUUUGUGGAAAAGGCUGAUGGUGAAGUUUAGAGGUGAAGAAGGGCUCGACUAUGGAGGAGUGGCGAGGGAGUGGCUCUAUCUGCUGUCACAUGAGAUGCUGAACCCGUACUACGGCCUGUUCCAGUACUCCCGUGAUGACAUCUACACUCUGCAGAUUAACCCCGACUCUGCGGUCAAUCCUGAGCACUUGUCAUACUUUCACUUCGUGGGCCGUAUCAUGGGAAUGGCAGUGUUCCAUGGCCACUACAUCGAUGGGGGCUUCACUUUACCCUUCUACAAACAGCUGCUGGGUAAACCCAUCACCCUGGAUGACAUGGAGUCUGUUGAUCCUGACCUGCACAACAGUCUUGUCUGGAUCCUGGAUAAUGACAUCACAGGUGUGCUGGACCACACCUUCUGUGUAGAGCAUAAUGCUUAUGGAGAGAUCAUCCAGCACGAGCUCAAGCCCAACGGGAAAAGCAUCUCCGUCACCCAGGACACAAAGAAGGAGUACGUGCGGCUUUACGUAAACUGGCGUUUCUUGCGAGGCAUAGAAGCCCAGUUUUUGGCUCUGCAGAAGGGCUUCAACGAGGUCAUCCCCCAACACCUUCUCAAGGCUUUUGAUGAGAAGGAGCUAGAGCUGAUUGUGUGCGGCUUGGGUAAAAUCGACAUCAACGACUGGAAGUCCAACACACGACUCAAGCACUGCACUCCAGACAGCAACAUCGUUAAAUGGUUCUGGAAAGCUGUGGAGUCUUUCGAUGAGGAACGCCGAGCCCGGCUGCUGCAGUUUGUCACCGGUUCCUCCAGGGUCCCCCUCCAAGGUUUUAAGGCUCUGCAAGGUGCUGCUGGCCCCCGACUCUUCACCAUUCACCAGAUUGAUGCCAGCACAAACAACCUGCCCAAAGCCCACACCUGCUUCAACCGGAUUGACAUUCCUCCCUAUGAGAGCUACGACAAGCUGUACGACAAGUUGCUCACUGCCAUCGAGGAGACGUGCGGCUUCGCUGUAGAGUGAGUCUCCGACGCUGGCGGAGCUCACCGACAACCAGAAGCAAUGUGGUUCGGCCACGAUGAGCACCCGUCCAUUCCGACUGGGGUUCAUUGAUGGAUGCUUCACAAAGGGGCGCUCGAACUUCCCAGAGGACAAGCUAAGGGGGAGGGUGGGCAAAGAAGACCUCAAAAUGUCACCUGACUCUGGGUAUUUUUUUAAAGACAUCCCCCCCUGCCCCCUAGCCCUCCUUAAUAUCUUAUUUUUAUCUUUGAAAAGGAUCUCUUCAGCUGCUAAUAACUCAGACUAUUUACUAACUUGUUGAACCGGCCAAAUUUGCUGGCUCUUCCCUUUUUCUAAGUUCAUUUUAGCAUUUAAAAAAAAAAACAUAUUCCAUGUAGCAAUUGUCAAUCUUGCCAAGCAGAAAACAAGGUCAGUCUGCUCUGAAACAAUGGCCACUUUAAACAAGACCGUUGUUUGCUAGAGCACAGGGUCACAAGUGGUUACGGCACAACUACUUGGAAACACUAAAUUUGGACGCCGAGAGUGUGUGACUCGGGCUGUGUGGUGCCUCGCGGUGAUCACGCUGGGGCUAUCUCUAAUGCCAAGGAUGGGAAGACUGGGGAUGUGCGCGGAUGAGAAGGGCAGGACUCAAGACUGAAUUACAAUCGACUGUUUACAACCUUCUCCAAAGACAGCAGCGGGGGACCAGCGCUCCUGAGUCUGCAUACCCAGAAAGCCUGUUUUCACCUGUUUUGACAACUGUCCGUGAUCAGAAAAAACGAGUAAAUGGAUGAAUGGCUUGAAAUGUGUUAUUUUUAUAUAACAGGGAAAAUUGAGAAAGAAACACUAAAAAAAAAAAAUCUAUAUAAUAUAUAUAAUUUAUUGCUGUUAUAUUUCAGAAACCCCUUUCCAUUGUUUCAGAAAAAUAAAAUCUUUGAAAUGUUAAGUGUUGCUGUUUAAAUUAUAGAAGACAAAUUGUGAAAAACAAAAAUUAAGCUUGACUCAAUCUCACUAAAGAAUGCUGUGGUUUAUCUCUCGACGUGACCCCUCGCACUGUACGAGGAGACGUUUGUCAGAAAGGGCAAAACAAAAAAAGUGUUUGACACACACGCAAUGUCCUCUCAGUGCCAUACCUGUUCUGAAUGAAUGGAUCUUUGCAAAUAUUGAGCUGACCCUUUAAAUUCUACUGAUUUUCAUCCUGGAGCGACAGACAUGGUGAUGUGAGCCCCCCUCCCCUUUUUUUGAAUUCUUAUUUAAACAGUCAUUUGUAGCUGGGCUAUAUUAAUGUCACGAUGCCUGCCAUUCAUUUCUAAAGCUGUCCAAACUCUGUUGGUGUCUUCUUUGCGCUGGCUCCAUAUUGCUAUUGAUUUUUUGUUUUUUAAAAAGAAGAAGAAGAAAAAAGAAAAACCUCUACUACCUUGUAGCCACGUGGUGCUAAAUAGCAUUAACACUUGUCUUGUAUCGGCAUCCUCGCUCACUGACAUACUACUGCUUAAAGUGCACAAUACACUACUCGCACUCAUUACCUGUUUGUGGACACCAAGAGCUCUACCUAGCCACGUUCUCAGGAGAUGUCAAAAGUAGUUUGGGAUGUUGGUUUGAUUUGAAAUGAAUUCUAUUUGUCUCGAUUUCCUGAAUGUUAAAGGGGACCUAUUGUGCUUUUCCUUCUUUUCUGUCAUAUAUCUGCUGUUACAGUGGGUAAAGUUUCAAAUGUAGAGGUCAGAGUAAUCCUUGUAAGCCCAAACCUCACACUUCACACUGCUCUGAAUGCUCUGAACACUCCUGGCUCUGUGUGAGCCACUGAGAGGAGAGGAUGCUCAGACACGCAGCCCUGCCCACCCGUUCUUGAAACCCUCCGCUUCAGAGUAAAGCUGGCUUGUUUCAGAUGGUGGAUUGGACUGAGGCGGGUGCACUGGGCCCAGGAUCAUCUGAGCUGUGAAAUCAUGCAAAGCUACUCUAGUAGAAUCCCAUAAUAGGUCCUCUUUAAGGAGUUUAAAAAGUCUUGUUAUUUUCAUUGUGCCCACAGAAAAGCAUAAACACAUACUCACUGUUGCAUGUCUCCAUCGUUUGUUUGAACGUGAACUAAAAUGAGACAAGUCUUGUUUUUUAGCCUGCUUUCGCUACGUUUUAAUCCAGACAGAGGGGGUAGGGGAGGGGGGGUGUUUUCUACAAUUUUUGAAAAUGAAACUCUUGAAUGUUUUUAAAAGAUGCUGCCUGUCUAGCAAUCUCUACGACCGUGGACUGUUCUUAACGUUUGCAUACGCUUGAAAAGAAAUACACUUAGACCGAGCGCUCGCAAAGUGAAAAGUGUCCUCAGAUGGUGCUUUUGUACAGUAAUUAAAAAUAUCGUUCGUAUAUGUGGAUCAAACCAACUGUAAUUUAUCUUUUAACUUAAGCAGAAGAAGAUGUUUUUUCUUGAACCGAGUAGAGGAAUUGCACACGAACAGAUGGAGGUUGCCUCUUCUUCGGCGACCUCCGUGCCAGAUACUCAUUCACCUUUAAGUCCAGUGCACAGGCUGAUUUGCCCAACUGUCUUUCUACACUACGUCGCUCGGCAACGCCCCACAGCUGCCUCUCCAUUGAACUACACUUUUUAUUCAACAAGUUGAGAGAUGCCGCUUUUUUUUGUUUGUUUGUUUUUUUUUAUAGCAUGAUCCACUAGCAGGACUAUAUCUCUCAUAGCUGACUGAUGCAAUUUGAUGUAUGUUAACACUAUCAUUUUGUAAGAGUAUUUUAUUUUUGUGUGUAAUUAGUUCUAAUUAAACUUGCCUUUGUCUAACAAUGUAAGGCCUUGUACAAA